CAAUACUUCACUAGCUCUAGAUUCAAAGCAUCCGACUCUACAAAACAUCUAAAAUGGCUUCAAUGGUAAAGGUCCUGUCCGUAUGUCUGUGUCUCAUUGUCUGUGUUGCACUGGAAGUCAAAGCCCAAACCACUGAUCGCACUUCGGAGUUUCAAGCCCUCUGCGAUAGAUACAGAACAGUGAUGAACGACUGUGAAGAAAGACUUCUAGAGGUGGUGACUGCCGAUGAGCUGGCUUUGGUGAAUUUAGUCGAACAAAAUAAGGUGUGUUUGGAAGAGGAAGGUGAAACGAAAUUUACGGAUGCUUGUGAGAUCUUGGAAGAAGUCUGUAUCCGAGUUGUGUCCUGCCCUGCUACAGCUCGUUAUAGACGUUCUUCCUCUGUCUCUGCUGAAUCAACAUCCGUUGAGUCUAGUGAAACAGACUAAGAAGUUCAUCGUCAUCACAUGACACAGGUCAAAGGUCAUUACUUGGAAUAUCGUCUUGAGAAGAGACUAGAGAUCAUUAUUCUAUCGUCUGUUAGAUCUCAUAUUUUUACCAAUACUGUAAUUAAUUUCAUCGAAUUGAAUGCAAACAAAAAACAUGUAUUUUAUAUAUAAACUAUUUUGCUAAAGCCCUCUAUAUGAUAUUGAAGUGAGUUUGAAUCGAUUACAGGGUGAACAAAAUCACUUUAUUCCAAUGUUUUUGCCUUUAUAAAAGGAACCAUUAAUACUAAGUGUUUAAUGACACAUUUCGUAAUUUUAUAAUGAAGUUUACAUAAUAUAUUUAAUCUAAUUUAUUUAUUGUUCAU